GCCCCUCCUGUUACCUUGCUUGUCACCUCCUUCGCCGGUGAAAGGUCACAAUUGCAUGGCUCAGCUUUCAUCCUUGCCUAGUGAUUGCCGCAGUACUCCGUACGACUCGACUAUUCAAUCUCAAAUCGUCUGACACUGGCUCCGUUACCUACGGAGUGGCGUGUUCUGUUUAAUGUUUCAAACAUCAGACUAGGCUUCCUUAGAUUCGGGGACUUCGACCCAGGGAUCAUCCUGUGCAGCGUGUCGCUAGACAAACCAACGCUGCCCUUGCAAAUUUAGAUGCAUUGCCCUUUCUAGCACUUCCUAUUAAAGAGCACUUCCCAGUGAACGGCUUCCCUCUAAUUAUUCCUCUCACUACGUGAUUUCCGGCCUGAUCCCGAAUGGUUUCAAUAUCUUGUGCCUGGUAACACCAUGCCACACCAGAAUCCGGAGGAGAAGCCGCCAUCUCAUGUCCAAGAUGUUGAAAUUGAUGAAGAGGCAGAGGCUCUUGAGGGAUAUGUCGUGGACCCUAGCCAAUAUCCCGAUAAUGCCGCACGCCUGAAAACAAGCGCAGACGGUCGCUUCGUUCUGAUUCCGCAACCUCUCGAUACGCCCAAUGACCCGUUGAAUUGGUCACCCCGGAAAAAAUGGUUUCUUGUGGCAAUAGUAGCUUACAUUGCGCUGUUGGCUGAUUACACUGGAGGGACGGCUAUCGUUACUAUUAUUCCACAGUCCAUGCAGUGGGAGCUAGCUCAGGCUACGGUCCAGAGAGCAGUGGUCGGUAAUCUCUUCACCAUAGGUGCAUGCGGUCUCGUCGUGGUGCCUUUAGCCCAUUACUUCGGGCGGUUGCCAGUUACCCUUUUCUUCCAAUGCGUGAUGGUUGGCACCUGCGCAUGGUCAGCCUCAGCCACCAGCUUUCCCUCUUAUCUAGCCGCGCGCAUUAUCAACGGCUUCUUCUGUAGCGUUGGUCAAGGAGGAGCCCUAAUGUGGAUCAAAGAUCUGUUCUUCUUCCACGAACAUCCGAAGGUGAUCAAUUAUGUGGAGUUCUCGAUUAUCAUGAGCCCGUAUCUUGGCCCUUUGAUCACCUCAUUCAUUGUGUCAGGGGUCAGCUGGCGCUGGGCAUUCUGGCUCUGCACAAUCAUGUCUGGAGUGGGCCUUACUCUGAUUCUCUUCCUCGAUGAAUCUUUGUUUGACCGCAAGCACCCACCGUCGUCCCGAGGUUCCUAUAUCAGCCGUCUAACUGGAGUGCACCAAGCGAAAGACUGGGAGCAUAAGAGCCUCAUUCAAUGUUUGGCGCUGCCUGUUAUAGCCAUAAUUAAGAUACCGGUGCUCACCAUCCUCGUAUACUACUUCCUCAAUUUUGCUUGGGUCAUCGGCGUCAACACAACGAUUGGCAUUUGGCUGACCAACAUCUAUGGCUUCUCGACUAGAGGCAUAGGGUAUUUCUACUUCUUCGGAAUUGUCGGCGUCCUGGUUGGCUGGUUCGCCGGACACUUUCUUCACGACGCUGUUGGGCAGUACUACACCAAACGCCACGGCGGACGACUGGACCCCGAGGCUCGGUUAAUUAUCACAUAUCCUGCUACGAUUAUGUGUUGCGUCAGUUUGAUCAUCUUAGGUCUGGCAUUCCAAUACCAUUGGCAUUAUAUGGUCAUCGCCGUAUUCGCAGCUACUCAAUGUAUAGGUGUCAUGAUUGUUACGACGGCUAUCAAUGCCUAUCUCCUGGACUCCUAUCCGGAGGGUUCGGGCAUCGUGGGUGCGUGGGUGACGGCCAGUCGCAACUGGGCGGGCUUCAUGGCUACUUAUAUUCAGAUUGACUGGGUGACACGGAUUGGUCCUGCCAAGGCUCUGGGGAUUCAGGCGGCCAUCACCUUCGUGUCGGUGUUUUUUAUGGUUUUCUUGCAGGUGUAUGGCAAACGAUUAAGGAAAUGGCAGGGACGCAUGGUAUUUAACAGGGAAGGAAAACAAUAGCUCAUGAAUGUCAACUGGAACAGUCUUGGAUUUUACAACCAUUCACUUCAGGAAUACGUUCACCUUAAAGUGUCAAGACUCCAUGAGUACUACACUUGUCUAGAUAUACUCUCUGCCGUCAGUGAUAGUGACAUACGUACGCUACGGAUAUUCACCCUGAUCUGGGAAUGCAGCGCUUGAAACCUGUCCUACUAUCAC